AUGUCAGGUCUUCUGAAUUCUCGCUGGGCACCCAGCGCACCCCAAAGACCAAACUACGCCCCUCGGCCACAUGACCAUGGCAGCAUUCGGCCCGCCGCCCCGUCGCCAGGCCAGGGCUGUCUGCUGCCACCGGCCGAGGAAUUGGCGCGGUUUAUGAAGAUUGUCGCGAGACUGCGAUGGAAGCUUCCUUUCCUGGCUGAAGGGUACCGGCUUGCGACGCUGGAAAUCGGAGAUCGGGUAUCGGAUGACGUCGCGCACGCUGAGAUUAUGUUUAAAAUUGAUUUUCACGAAUAUUAUGCGCUCCUCGAGCGUGCUAUUGUGCAUUUACUCGCUGUGUUCAAUAUUGCAGUGGCUUCGUCGCGGGGUCUGGUAAAUGGCGCCGCGAACGGAAAUGGAAAUGGUCGGUCGGUUGGUAUUCAUCGGUACCAUGCCAAUGUCCUUGAGGCCUUGCGGGAGCAAACCACGCCUCUUUCGCCUGUUCUUGGUAGUGGGCCGGUCUAUUUGCAGUUGCAGAAGGCCAAGGAGCUGCGUAAUAGAUGGAAGACUGCGGAUUUGACCACGGAAGAGAGGGAAAGGCAAGGUGAACGGAAUGAUACUGUCAAACUGGCAGAUUUUGACUUCGAGGGUAUUCUCUCUGGCAUCUUUGGGGGCCUAGAGGAGGCGUAUAUCCGGGCGAAGGAUCAUGUCGAUAAAUGCGUUCGUCCAGACGACUUGCCUGACCAGAAGAACAAGAACUCCGAGGCAGACUGGGGGUUCAUGGUCGAUGCCAUGGAUUGGGAGGCUGUAUGA